AUGAACUUUGAGGACGUGGCCAUCACCUUCUCUGUGGAGGAGUGGCGGCUCCUUGAUGAGGCUCAGAGACUUCUCUACUGCAAGAUGAUGGUAGAAGCUUUUGCCCUGGUCUCAUCUGUAGGUUGUGGGCAUAAAACGGAUGAUGAGGAGGUGUGUUCUGAGCAGAGUGUAUCAAUAGAAGGAGACUCACAGCCAUAUAACUGUCGUGAAUGUGGAAAAUCAUUUGGGAGCAAUCAAAACCUCUUUACCCACAAGAGAGUUCACACUGGAGAAAAACCAUUCGAGUGUAGUGAAUGUGGGAAAUCUUUUCAUGGAAAUUCUCAACUCACUAAACACAAGAGAGUUCACACGGGAGAAAAACCAUAUAACUGUAGUGAAUGUGGGAAAUCAUUUAGGGGCAAUCAUGACCUUUUUACCCACAUGAGAGUUCACACUGGGGAAAAACCAUAUGAAUGCAGUGACUGUGGGAAGUCCUUCAGCAGUAGCUCUAAUCUUCUUCAACACCACAGAAUUCACACUGGAGAAAAACCAUAUAACUGUAGUGAAUGUGGGAAAUCAUUUAGCAAUAGGUCUAAUCUCAUUCAACACCACAGAGUUCACACUGGAGAAAAACCAUAUAACUGUAGUGAAUGUGGGAAAUCAUUUAGGCGCAAUUAUGAGCUCUGUAUCCACAAGAGAGUUCACACUGGAGAAAAACAAUAUGAGUGUAUUGACUGUGGGAAGUCCUUCAGCAAUAGGUCUAAUCUCCUUCGACACCACAGAGUUCACACUGGAGAAAAACCUUACAAAUGUAGUGAGUGCGGAAAAUCAUUUGGGAGCAAUCAAGACCUCUUUACCCAUAAGAGAGUUCACACUGGAGAAAAACCAUAUGGGUGUAGUGAAUGUGGGAAAUUUUUUCGGCGCAACAAUCACCUCCUUAUCCACCAGAGAGUUCACACUGGAGAAAAACCUUAUAAGUGUAGUGAAUGUGGAAAAUCAUUCAGGCAAAAUUCCAAUCUCAUGCAACACCAGAGAAUGCACACUGGAGAAAAGCCGUAUGAGUGUAGUGACUGUGGGAAGUCCUUCAGCAGCAGCUCUACUCUCAUUCGACACCACAGAGUUCACACUGGCAAAGGGACUUAUGAGUGUAUUCAAUGUGGGAAAUCUUUUUGCUCUAAAUCUUUCCUCAUUCAACAUUUGAGAGUACACACUGGAAAAAAACUUUAA